AUGGCUGCUACCACUACUAGGAUAAGCGUUCUUAUGCUUGUCCUCCUCCUCCACCUCCACGCCGCGACGUCGGUAUCACCAGCUUCGUCUCUGGGUCAAGAAUCCCCUCCGCUUGAUGCGGCCCGGACGAAUUUCUUCUGGCGCUUCCUGCGAAGCUGGCAAGCAGCGCAUCAUCCGCCGCGAUCGGUGGCUGGCGCGGUGAAGCGGCCGUCGCUAUGGCUUCAGUACCGGCGCCACCUGAGUGGGAAUCCUGCUGACGCGAACGUUGACCUGGCAUCGUUUACGAAAUACCACGGGGACGGCGGGCCGUACUCGCUGACUCCUGGGAUCGAUCCCAUCGACCACUCGCUUGAUGACGUGGCAACGCCUUUCGGACGGCGUCGUCGACUGCGUACGUGGCAUGGAGACCCUCCCGCAUCCACUAGCUUUCUCUUCCGUUCCCUUCUUAUUCUUGCGUGUUUGUUGUCUUUCCCGCCCAUUCACCGGUCCAUACAAACGAAGAAGCAGAAGGGACCAUGCACCCCCCUCUCGGAAGCCAAGAUCAUCCCCGUUUCAAGCCUGUCCGACAUCGAGAAGCGCCUACAGUACCCCAAUUCCGUCACCGUCAUUCUCGAGGUCACCCGCGACCUCGUCCUUCCCGAGGGACUCGUUUUCUCCGGCGCCUACCGAUGCACAAUUUUCCGGUCAGCCCAGGGAAAGCGAAACUUCAAGGUGUCUCUAAUGGGAGACAAGGAGCCGGUGAUUCGAGUGUGGAACACCAGUAAUGUGGUUAUAUUGAAGCUGGACUUUUGGCUUGGCGUGACGGCGCGGUCUGGUGAAUGCGAGUUGCUACUAGACACCGAUAUAGGCAGAGAUAACACGUGUCCAACGAUCCAUAUCUGGCGGUCGCAUAACAUUCAGGUCGCGAAAGGGAGCUUCUGGGGUCGGAUCGACGUGUUCCGUGCGAUGUCUACGCGUAUAGACAGUAUGAAGGGUACCGGGUUAACACUUUUCGCCAAGUCGCCAGGAGUCAUUCGCGUAGCGUUUUCAGGUUACGGCCCUGCGCUGCUGAAAGCCUGGGUUUCGCUGACGAAUAACGAGUUGUACGGUGUAGACCAGCCGAUUGUGCUUCAAAACGGCGCGGUGGGGGUUAUAGCGAGGAACAACUACAUCCACGACUUUUUAUUCGCGGGGAUUCGAUGCGGACGUGUACAACCAGGGGGAUUGCAUGCUGACGACGAUCAGCAACAACCUGAUCGUCGCGUCCGGGCGGAACAUGUCGGGCGACCACGACGCGGCAGGGAUUUACUACUGCACGCACUUUUUCAACCCUGGGAACAUCGCGGAGUGCAAUUACAUCUUCAACGGCGACCACUGCUAUUAUCUGGACUACGCCACGUCGGGGGUAAUUAUCCGCGGUGGCGCGUGCAUCAACACAUACGACGGCAUGAAAGUCAACAACGGCCACUG